AGAAGAUUUAAAAAGAUUAAUAGAUAUUGAUUUAAAUAUUACUACAACUUUGAAUUUAAAUGCUAUAAUUUUCAAUAAUAAUACAGAUUUUUAUCAAGAUAAUGAUCAAAGAGAAGCUAAUUCAAAAAAUAAAGAAGAUCUUAAUUUGAAAAUUUGA